AGCGUGCGGAUACAAACCGCAGGCUGCAGACUGCAGACUGCAGCCCUCUGCUGUGUUGCAGUUCCAUCCAACUUCCCGAACAAGGACCCGCGGGGUUAAUCCAGACGCCUCGACCCCGGAUACGCGGUGGCACGGAGCAAGUGCCAUCAUUGGAGGCCGCCACGGCAUUUGCCCCCACGUCUCUUGGCCGGAUCCAAAGCUACUCGACUAGGUAACGAUUGCACAUUGCUAAGCAAGCCUGGUUUUGUCAGCCACCUCCCAGGGCCCUGUCCGCGCGCGGAAUUCCCAUCCCCCGCCCUCUUCUUCCCUUCUAUGGUUGCCUCCAAGCUUAUCCUUCUUUCCUCCUGGUCAAUGUAAUCGCCGCUCGAUGGCCCUCCGGUUUCCUCUCCUGCGGCUGGAGGUAGUGGCUUCUGUGACCUUUUCUGGGAUCCACUGACCGGAACGUUAUCAGGGUUCCUAUCAAUUGUAGUCAGUCGUAUGUCGCGGUCGGCAUGCCCCGCGCUGGAUGUGCGGCCGGAGGCACAAGAUAUGUCUUCAAUGGAUGUUGACACCAUUAUCGUUGGGAACGGGCCAGCGGCUAUGCUCUUGUCCUACAUCCUUCAUGGCCAUCUCCCAUAUUACUCUUCCAACCCUCCACACCCGGAUCCCCUUCUCCACGCAAAGCUCAGGGAUGCACCAGAGCUAUUGAAUGCAGAUGUGCAUGCUUUGACCGAUCAUUUCGCCGCGUCCCGGCUCUCUUAUUCCACCCAAGCGCUCCCCGUGAACGUCCUUCUUGACACGCUCGUGCGCCCUAGCGUGGACAUCGAGGAGCUGGGCGGCAUCACCAAUGUCGAAUGGCGGUAUGUGCCCGAAAAGGCCGUUCCCCAUCUGGUCUUUGGAGAUGCCCCUCGUGCGGGGGGGCAAUGGACCGAUAAUCCAGUGCCUGCCAGCUGGGACAUCCAGACCCUGAGCUAUGCUUCGAUGCUGUCUCUUCCUGGCUACUCAUUCGCUGAGCAUUACCGGAAAGCAACCGGCAAGGAACUUCCCGCCUUUACUCGACCGACGAGAGAAGAAACGGCGGACUACUUCUGCACGUAUCCCGAAGCGGUUCGCAUCGAUGAUGUCUUUCGGUUCAGUGAAACUCUGUCCGGCAUUUCGAGGACGGAGAACGGCUUUCAUAUCCGCUCGCAUAACAUUCGCUGCAAGAACGUUGUCCUUGCAAGCGGAAUUUUCACGCAAGUGCUCCAGCCAAGGCCGAUGCUGCAGCCGUUAGCGUCGCUUCAGCCUACUCCCGAAGUCCCCCUGUUGGUUAUUGGUUCGGGGUUUUCCGCCGCUGAUAUUAUCAUAUCCGCGCCCAAGGACCAGAAACUUCUUCAUAUCUUCAAGUGGGACCCGGAAGGCCGACCGUCGCCGCUGCGUGGCUGUCACCACCAAGCAUAUCCGGAAUACGCGGGAGUGUACCGUCUUAUGAAACGGGCUGCGCUUGCGGCAGAGCCCGCCAAACCGAAACGGGGUAAAAUGCGAAGGGCGUCGUCGACCCCUUUUCUCGAGACUCGUCCGUGGGACGACAUUUAUGAAGGACAUCCGAACACGGCAAUUGUCGCGGUUGAGAUGCAGGAGGAACAGGCAUUGGUCACAUUCCGUCAGUCCGAUGGAAGCACGUUUACUCGCCCUGUCCGGGGAAUGGUCUAUGCCACCGGUCGACGGGGCAGCCUCGAAUACCUCGACAGCGAGCUUCUCAGUGAAGUUCGCGAAGGUGAUGAGGCCACUGAAAUAAGCCCCGUUAUCUCCGCCCGGACCCUCCGCGGCAAAGCUUUCGAGGAUAUCGAAGUCGCUCCAGAUGUCUUCAUUAUUGGCAGCCUGACGGGAGACUCCCUCAUCCGGUUUGCGUACGGCAGCUGUGUCCAGGCAGCGGGCAAGUUGAUCAGUGCUCGUGCCGGCCAAGAAAGGGUCCGCGGUGGGUCGAACAACAACUCCCGGCCGCAGUCAUCCUUGGGCGUCAUGCGCGGCAUAGAUGGGCACGACAUAUCUCCGCCCAACGAAUCACGCGUUGUAGAUACCGACCGCAUGACUCCGAGUAUACCCCAGAAGAUCAUGUCGGGGGGGCUGUGGAAAUGGCUGUGGGGGUGGUCGGGGAUGAAAUCAUGAUGUCCAACCGGGUGGAUAUUUGCAGAUGCAUGAUAGACGAUAGAAGCUGUCAAUUUGUCUAGUCUAUAUUUCUUUCUUUAUAUAUAUCUCAUAGCCUUUUUAUUCUUCUGCUAACGUGACAUGAAGCAGUGAAUGGUACUAUAAAAGAGUGGUAUGUCCUCUAGUCAUGAUGAUACUAUAGGCUUUCCGACCAUCAUUAGAUAUAACUGAUUGACCGGAGACAGAAUUAGCGGCGGCCAGACUAAUUUACUGGGGUGGUAUUUUUUUAGUAUUAUAUCUGUGCCAUGUUUCCUCACUCAAGUGCUCAACUCAAAUCUAACCGUCCUGAUACUUUAUAGUAUACAUCAG